GCUCCGUAUUCCUCUCCCCUUCGCCUCCCGGUCGAGGGAGGCUUCCGCGGCCCCCUCAGCCCUGACGCUGCUUCUGUGGCGUCGAUUCGACGGUUUGUCCCCCUCCCUCGCCGCUCCAGCUCCUCCUCCUCCUCCUCCACGCUAGACGGAGCCACAGUUGGGGCCUCGGCUGCCGGCUUCCCGGGGCAGUUUCUCUCGCCUCACGGGCGCUGGGACCCGGCGAGCCGAAGCGGAGAAGCGACCGCCGGAGGAGGUCUGAUUCUGCUGUUGGGACAACAGAGAUUGUACGAUGCCUACAAGGAAAGAGAAAGAGAUGGCAAAGAAUAUACUAACAGAACAUUAAAGAUCGACAGAUUCCAAGUCAAUGGCAAACUUAAAUGGCGGUUGCAACACUUGACACCAUGGAUUUUCUGGAAUUCAGUCUACAUAGCAUUCUCAAAAAGUAAUGGUUUACUUGUAAGCUUCAGUCAUCUCUAUCAGUUGCCAUAAUGGCCAGCAAAAGGAAGUCCACCACGCCCUGUAUGAUACCAACAAAAGCAGUAGCACUGCAAGAGUCUCAGUCACCCUCUGUUGGAGUUGAUCGUGAAGGAUUUCAGCUGUCUGUUACUCCUGCCCCUUCACCUGUGAGUGAAACUAUAAGCAGUAAUCACAACAGUGGGAUGUUGUCCAAUGGACAUAAAGCUAUUGUUGAUGGUGAUACAUACAGAUGUAAGUAUUGCAAUUUUGGCUGUCAAGAUUUUAGCCUGUUUCUGGGGCACUUGGAUUCUGAGCACACAGACUUUAGCAAAGACCCCUCGUUUGUGUGUGUGCUGUGCAGUCUCCUGGUAAAGAGCCACAAAGAGCUUUCUUGUCACAAUGCAGAGAGCCAUGGUGGGGAAGCCAGCUUAAUCUGCAGUGUUGUGAAACAAGGCAGUCGCGUGAUUGUGGAGCAAACUGCUGGGGACACCACCUCCACUAGCCAAGACUUUUCAGGGGAUCUCCCAGAAGAAGGGCAGGACAGUCAAGCUGAAAUUAUCAUUACCAAAACACCCAUUAUGAAAAUAAUGAAGACAAAACCUGAAGUGAAAAAAAUCCACACGCUGAAAGAAAGUGUGCCUAGUCAGUCGGUCAAUGAUCCGGAGAAAAAAGGUGGUGAACAGGCAUUCACCAAUGGACCUGUGCCAGCAGGUCAGUCAAAUACGGUCAAAUCAACACAUGUUGUCAAUGGCUCAAUAAUAGGAAAUGUGCCUGUUUUGCAAGCAGGCAUCACCCAGCUUGUGCAAUUGCAGCAGCAACCCCAAGUUCAGCAGCCACUACCCACAUCGAAAUCCCUUCCCAAAGUUAUGAUUCCCUUGAGCAGCAUCCCGACAUACAAUGCUGCAAUGGACUCGAACAGUUUUCUGAAAAACUCUUUCCAUAAGUUCCCUUACCCUACCAAAGCUGAGCUUUGCUACUUGACAGUUGUAACCAAGUACCCAGAAGAACAACUGAAGAUCUGGUUCACAGCCCAGAGGUUGAAACAGGGGAUUAGUUGGUCACCGGAGGAGAUUGAAGAUGCACGGAAGAAAAUGUUCAACACAGUGAUUCAGUCUGUACCCCAGUCUACCAUUACAGUGUUGAAUACACCUCUAGUUGCAAGCCCUAACAGUGUUCAGCAUCUCAUUCAAGCCAGUUUGCCUGGCCAGUCUGUCAACAAACCAGAAGGAACUGGUGGUGUGCUGGUUACCCAACCCAUCAUAACAAAUGGACUUCAGAGUACAGCCUCAUCUCUUGCAAUAGCAGUAACCUCCAUUCCAAAGAACCAGAUAUCUAAGCAACCGUCCACUGUGUCAGUUUCUAGCCCUGCAUCAGCUGUGAAAGUGGUCAGUGCAUCUCAGACACAACCCACGGCUUGCCCAACCAUAUCUUCACAGGCGUUCCUAGAUCCUAAUAUAUACAAAAACAAGAAAUCUUUUGAACAGCUGUCGGCAUUAAAGAAUAGUUUCUGUAGGAAUCAGUUCCCUGGCCAAGCUGAAGUUGAGCGGCUGACAAAAAUCACAGGCCUUAAUACAAAGGAUGUUCGAAAAUGGUUUAGUGAUAGGAGAUACCAUUGUAGAAAUGUAAGAGGCAGCAGAGCUGUACAUGCUGGGGAUAGUACAAUAGUCAUAGAUUCAGUACCUGAAAUUACCUUCACGUCAUCUCCCAAAACAGCCUCAGAAUUAUCCUCCAUGGCAGCAACAAUGCCUGCGAUUCAUAACCCAACACGUCGGCAAUCCUGGCAUCAGACCCCUGAUUUCUCCACUACAAAAUAUAAGGAGAGGGCUCCUGAACAACUGAAGGCAUUGGAAAGCAGCUUUGCCCAAGAUCCUUGUCCUUCAGAGGAGGAAGUGGACCGUUUGAGGAGUGAGACUAAAAUGACAAGGAGAGAGAUUGACAGCUGGUUUUCAGAGCAAAGGAAAAGACAAGCAGUCAAAGAAACAGUCCAGCAAGUAGAUAACGGUGCUGAAGAUGACUCUGGGGAAGAAGGUGACUCCUCGGAUGACUUGAGACCUUCAAGCGAAAAUGGUUCAUCGGAUGCUGCCAAUAAUACUCAAACAUCAGGCGAGCGCAAAGUGACUCCUAUAAAAAUCAAUCUCAAGAAUCUCAAAGUGACAGAGUCCAAUGGCAAAAGCGAAUUGUUGGUCUCAAAUGUAGACGAUCAAAGAGAGAGUUCUCCUAGUAAGCCAGUUGUACCCCUGAAACCCAAACUAAGCUUUAAAAAAACAGCACAGCAAAGGCAUUUGCUUAAACAACUCUUUGUGCAGACCCAGCGGCCUACAAAUGAACAAUAUGACAAAUUGUGUUCUGAGUCAGGUCUUCCCAGGAGCGAAAUCAUUCGUUGGUUUGGGGAUAGCCGCUAUGGUUUAAAAAAUGGAAAUUUGAGAUGGUAUGAGAACUACAAGCAAGGUAUCUUUCCUAAAGGCUUCACCGCCCCCAGUGAGGCCAAAAUGGAGAUUCUCCAGGACUAUUUUCAAAAAAACAAGAUGCUCUAUGAAGGUGAUCUUCCAGGUUUGUGUGAGGGAACUCAGAUGACCACGCCACAGGUCAGGCUGUGGUUUGCUGAAAGGCUGGAUGAAGAAAACAGGCCAAUAUCAGAUACUGGCAGCGAGGAUCAGUGCUCAAGCAUUGGUGAGCCAGCCACCAGCCACAAAGGAACAUCCGAUGCCUUUUCUGAGGCUUCUGAGAACAGUGAAUCCUGGGAGCCUGGAGGUCAAGAGAGCAGUACAGGACUCACAGAUGGUCCUCUGCCUGCAGAGCAUUUGGAAACAGACAGAACCAGCGCUGCCUCCCUUUGAAGGAUGUGCUGUUAAACAGGUGAAGACUCAGCAGCUGUGGGCCUCAUUGGAAUCUCUACAGAAGGACCCGUGGAAACACUGCCAUCAAGCAAAGAUCUUUUCCCCCCGCAAAGCACUUUUGGGGGAAGGGAAGGGGAGAGCGAUCACGAAGAACUUUGGGGGCUUUUGGAAUCUAGCAUAGGAGCAGAGCAUUGCAUAGUAUCUGCAAGAUCCUUCUCUUUCCCCUCAGGCAUAGGACCCUCUAUUUUCUUUUUAAUGGACUUUUUUCUUUUCUUCAAAUUUCAUAUCCACAUGGAACCAACUUUUUAAAAUUACCAACUGGCCUUCAGAAGGAUCAUGAAUUGUGGGCAUUGUGUUUAAACAUUCUCUUUUCACAGACAUAGAAUUAUCAUUGGCACAAUAUAUUUUAAAUUUUUAGUGUUUGUUCUCUGAAAGCUGGAUCAUUGCAUAUUUUCUCAUAUUUUGGUCUCUAGGUCUGGUAAUCAAGUAUAUUUGUGGUGAUGAACCAUGUACCAAGUAUCACGCACAAAACCAAAUAGAAUGUGGAUCAUUAAAAUCAUUUUUGGUUGAGCACUAUGGAAGAAAUUGGGGGAGGACCCAAAGGUGGAAUCAUUUUGUCCUUUGUGUAAAAAAAAAUGUGACAUUCUACCAACAAAUACGAUGUACUCCCCGUUGUAAAUCCUAGCCUAUUUUCCAUUGAUCAAAGCAAAAAAAUCCUUUUUACUAAAGAAGGCUGAGAAAAAAAUGCAGGCUCAGAAAUCAUUGUUGAUCGGAAAGUCAUCUAAUUGGCAAAUGCCAGAUUUUACAUAUGAAAAUCUCCCUGUAUGUAUCAGAGCUGUUUUGAUCUCAUAAUUCAAUUUUGCUAUGUUCUCGUCAUUCUAGCCAAUUAUGAGCUGGAAUAAAUUGCUGGCAGCUUUAAGGUAUGUUGAAAUGCACAAUUUUACAUGCAUAUAUUAGUAUCUGUAGAGGGAGAGAGGCCUGCAUUUUGGCUCCUUGUUGUUUUGAAAGGGUCUUAUUUAAUUGUCUUAAUUUUGUAUGGAAUCUUUAAUUUAAUGUGCAAGGAUUAUAUUUCUAGUGGCAAGGAAAUAUUUAUUUAAAUGUAGGGAAUUGGUAGCACUAAGUAUAUUGUUUUACUGGGUAGGCAUACAUGCUUUUACUUCAGCCUUAUGAAUCUUCUCUAAGGGUAGUAACAGAUCCUUCCUUACUUUGGACUGCUGGUGAUUGUUCAUCAGAAGGUCCUAGGUUCAAUCCUCAGCAUCUCCUAUUAAAGGAUCUCAGGAGGCAGGUGCUUGGAAAGCCCUGUCUGUACUUGAAACCCUGGAGAGCCACUGUGGAUGGUACUGAGCUGUGUGGUCUGACAAGGCAUAUGGUUAAGUCUUCUAUGGCAAUCCUGAGAGACCCUCUCUUCAUUCUGUCUAGUUUGGAUAGCUCAAAAGCAUCUUAUCCUUCCAUGUUCUUAAGAAGCAUCAAUGCAAUUCAGUCUGUUAUCCUACGCUGUGUGGUCCACGUUUGGGCAGAAGGGUCUAUCUUGGGUUUCCUGCUAGGGCUUGAAAGCUGCAAGGAAGAAGAGGCUUAAGUCCAAGGAUGGUUGAUACUUAGGAGGUUUGAGCCCCAGGUUGGUAGCUUAAGGGGAACAAAUGCAGGUAAGUGACUUGAGGCACUGUCGUCCUAAGAAUGGGAAGGCCAGCUCCCAUUGUAGUGAACAGGAAAUGAGCCAGAGCUCCCAAAUAAAAGCAGUCCUGUUCAUAUCAGUAGGGCUGGUGCAGGAGAAAUUCUGGUUAUGCUGUGCCCUGGCUUACUAGGACCUACCGACAUACUCAUAUGAGCAUACAUAAUACCUUUAUAAUGAUGUUAUACCUAGAGCCUCCAUGUAGAUGUGCCUAUUGCUCUGUAAUUACAUUGGAAAAAUAAUCUUGCUGUUUAACGAGAGCAUGAGUUUUGUGUACACUUGAGAGAUUUGAUAGCUAAUUGGAAGUAAACAUUUCCCAGAUAAACAGCUUACUAAAUUUGUAGUUUUCAACAUACUUAUUUGGAGAGCAAGUUCCACUUCUGGUGGGGAGAUUCAGUUCCGUUGGUGGAUGGUUAGGGUGGCCAAGUUCAGUAGCAAACUACAAAGAAAAAAAUCUAUUUUGGGACUGGAGAGCAAGUUCAGGGAAGACUUUGAGCAGGCCCAAUUAACCUUUUCUCGAUUUGGAGGGAAAGUAAUGUGUCAAAUUCAUUGCAAGAAGAGGUGUCCCUUCAAGAUGUGUUGCAUUAGCUCAUGAUAAAAUGCACAUUGAAUAGAGUUGGUGGGGGCUGGAUCUUUGGUAGAACAUUUUUGUUGUAUGCAACAAGCAAGCACCCCAAUAUCCAGACCUACCACGAUGCAGACAUCAUUAAUGCACAUGCCUAAAUCUUCAGUGCAGAUAACAGCAGUCAGUGAAAUCUGCAGGUCAUGAUGGCCAUUGGAGUCUCUGUGCCAUGAUUCAGUGAUGCUUUGUAGGUGUGUGACUGCCAUUUGCCAUCCCUGGUUCACUUUGCUUCCUUGGUGGGGACCAACCCUGCAGGCAGACAGAAAGGUGCACUCAGAAGAAUGCCCAUCCACUGAACUGAAUAAAAGAUUCCGUUUGCAUGGAAGAUACAUUCUCGUACAUGUGGAUAAGGGGCCGGGUGCUCAGUCAACUUGAAGGCUUGUAGUAGCUCAUAAGCAUUGCAUUAUCUCACCUCUAAUUCAAUUAAGAUUCAAAUCUACUAUUUUAAUUAGGUUUGGGGAUUUUGAGAGCUUACAUUCUAUAGAGUAGGGAAUUGCAAUACUGUUUCAAGUGUCAUCUUGUGUUUUCUAUUUAGCAAAAUAGGUUUUUAAGCACUACUCAAGUAUAAAUAUGUAGUUGCAGACCAGAUAUUGAUCUCCUCUGUGGUUUUGCAGCAUUUCUUGUUACAGGAAGUAUUACCACAAUUUUGCACUGGCCUUUUAAUAAGUUGAUUAUCUCUUCAACUACAUAUAAGAAUUCAAAGUGGUUUAGUGUGUAAACUGGUUUCUUCUGUGGAGGAAGGAUUGUGGUGGGUUUUGUCUUUAGUUUUGUCCAUUGCUGUGUGAAAGUUAAAUAUAAUGUUGCUGGAGAAUGAAUGAUUGUUAGUGAAACAAAUUAAUCAUCAGGUGUUGUGUGUGUGUAGGGGGGUUGCAUUGGUAUCUGUGCACAUUCAAAUUACAGCUGGAAAAGCCAAAUGUUUAAGAAUUUGAAAUUCACACAUUUUUUUACCCAUAAGACCCCCCCCCCCCGGAAUGAUAUUGGAACUUUCUGGUUAGAAAUAAAACCAUUUGGCUACUUUGUAUCAUGCUAGGUUAUUAGACAAGGCACUUAAUUUUAUAGUCUGUUAAAAUUCAGAAUUUUCUAAAAGUGUUUAUAUCUGGUUCUUCAUAAUGGAUCCUGCUUUUUACCAUGGUGGAGUGGGGUGAGAUAGGAUGGAUUAAAUACUUUAAUUCCAAUGUAUCAAAACUAUGUAACUCCUCUAACUUGUGAAUUUGAAUUACAUUUGUACAGACAUUCACCCUUCUGUUAAGAACAGUGUUCAUAGGAGCAAACCAGUAAGGUUGUACUGGGAGAUGCUGACUGGCAUAAAAUUACCCAGCGAAUGGUUACUGAACCCAGAUCAAAUCUAAAUUGUAUCGACCCCAUCCUACAGUAGUAGCUCUUUUAAGUCAAAAUUUGUACUUUAAAAGUUGUGCAUUUCCUUUAGGCUACUGUGAAAACACAGGAUUACUACAGCUAACGCAGCUCCUGUGUACACAAGGGCUGGAUGGGCCAAACUGUGUUUCUCAGUCUACGAGACUAGAUGAUGGUGCACCCUGGAGAUGGUGGCUUGACAGUGGUGCUCAUAUGACUGUUGGAUCAGAUAAAUAUUUAUGCGAUGGUUCAACUCUACGACAAGCAGCGUUCAUGGGCCAUUUCUGAAUUUGGUACUGGUUCCAGGCUGAUCAUAGGUUCUAUUAUACUAUUAUUCCUCAUCAUUUGAAAUCCUGUCACCCUACUGCUACCCUACACCCUUGCCAUUUCCCAUUUCUAAAUGGCAACAGGGUGGAUGAAAUGUGGGGAUAUAGGGAAUUCUGAACCAGAAUGCAGGAUGUUUUUAAAUCAUGGGAAGGGAUUUGAGCAUGUUCAGCUGCGAGCACACAGUGUCCCUUCGUAUGGUAUUUAUUAGUCAUACUAAAAUUUUAAUGUCAUCCUUCUCUAGUAAGUCUUUCUUUAAAAAAAGUUAAGAGUGAGUUGAAUCACCCACUGAAAUGGGAACAACACAUUGUACAAUUGUUCAUGAUAGGAUGGCAAGGAGAUCAUUAAAUGGCACUCUAUCCUGUCUGUGAGGGAAUGUACUUACUCUUUUUGCAAGGGACUGAGUUUUCAGUCUUUUUUAGAACUGAUCCUAUGUUAACCCCAGUGUUUGAAGUGACUUGUGCAUUUAAAUCAGUGGAGUCAGCACUGAAAUUUCUGACAGAUUGCAUCCAAUCUGUCAGAAUAGGACCCGAAGCAACGGGCUUAAAUUACAUGCAGAAAGGUACUGGCUGGAUAUUAGGAAAAACUUUUUCACAGAGUAGUUCAAAGGUGGAAUCAGCUGCCUUGGGAAGUGGUGAGCUCCCCUUCACUGGCAGUUUUCAAGAAGAGGCUGGAUGAGUAUUUGUCAGGGAUGCUUUAGGCUCAUCCUGCAUUGGGCAGGGGGUUGGACUAGGAGGUCUGUAUGGUCCCUUCCAACUCUGUGAUUCUGAAUAUCGGGGCUGAUUUUGACAGGAUUCCUGUGUCUGCAUACCCAGGGAUGUAUAUUCUUUUAACUAGCACUAAAGAAAUCUGGCUGACAGCGUGUUUCAAGCUCUGGGAGCAACAUUGAAAUGCACACACUUGUCAGUAACCAGAUUUAUCUCUUAAUAGUUUUUUUAAAAAAUGUGUAUGGCAGAUGGAAGUUCUGACGCAUCUUAGAAGUACCUGAAGCGGCUCAUACUAUAAAAUUUGAGAUGUGUGGAAAAUGUACUUGGGAGUCCGGAGAUCAGACAUGGAUCUUCCCCCACAAGCAUAAUGUUAUUUGCCAUAGGAGAGUACUAUUAGUAAAUGUAUGCCAUAGACCUGCUUGCCUGUAUGUAGUUUUGAGUAUUAUGCAGAACAGGUUUCAAGUGCCUCUGAAACCGUAAGAUCAGGAAAUCGUGCAUGUUACUGGUUAGCCGCUGUGGGGAUUUUUUACAGCUGAAGGGCUCCCAAUUCUAAUAGACAUCAGUAUCUUAUCUCUGGGUCUUUGGUAACAGUAGUACAGUGGUAUCUUGCUCCUGCUGGUACACUAAGGAGACCAACUAGAUUUCCAGGGUAAACAGUACAAGACCACACAGCUGACAUUUUUCGUUUUGCUUGAGAUUUUGCUAGCAAUCUAUUCCAGUGCAAAAAAUUACUGUUUUUGUACUUGAUGUCUGGAGAACCACCCUCCCUCUCUCCCCCGCCCGCUCCAAUUUGGGGGGAGGGGAGCUGUUUUCUUACUGAAGGGUCGUGAUGGGCAAUUUGCAUGUCUGGCAAAAGAUCAUCAUCCAUAGUGCCUUUAGGAUGCCUUCAUACAGGAUAUGCAGCUGAGGCCGUCUGUCUUCUGAGUAGAUUGCUGAGCACUUUGCCUUUGCAGGCUGAGGGGAAGCUACUUUUUAUAUUCUGUCAUUAAAUGCUGAGUACUUUCGCGUUUUGAUUAUCCACAUGGUCGCUAUAAUGUAGCAGUGAAGGACCCUUCAGAGAAGAAGGUGGCCUUUCUUGCAAAGGGGCUAGCUUACCCAGUAUCCUGUGUCACUUCGGUAGGGUUCCAUUUUUGUAACUUUUGGUAGGGCUAACUAACAAACCAUGUUUUUUUAAAAAAAUAGCGUUCUUUUGUACUUUUGGUAAAACUUCUUGAAGAGGAAAACGCUGAAACUGCAGGUAGAGACUAGUUCCUCAGAACUGGUGCCUGUCCUAGGAUGCCACUCGCUCUUGUUCAGCAAUGAUGCCACUUCUGCGAAGUGAACUGCAAGUUUCCCUUCAUUUUGUAUAUGUGGCUAAGAGGGUGGGGAAAGUGCUUGCGUGUACAGUUUGGUGAAAUGAGACUUCAGUUGUUGUUAAAUAAACAAUGAGGAACAAUGUAA